AUGUCUGUCCUCCAGUCCGAAGACUUGGUUUCCUACCAGCUCCGGAGCAGCUACCUGGACGACAUUGCCGACGGCGUAGGCGAGCGCCUCAUUACUCUCAACGACGGAUUUCUCAACUCGGCUGCGUACAAGGCGGCUGGAUGGCGCACAAACCACGCCCUUUCGAAACGCACACAUUCCUCCCAUACCCACCGCCAUUGCGUCCGAAUAUUUCCAAGCACCGCGCUCAGCCCGGCACACCUUGGAGGAUGA